AUGCAGAAACGAGGUGAGCAUAAAGUGUUGGAAAGUGAAAUUGAAUCCGUGCUCAACAACAAGGAAACUUUGAAGGUUUUGUUGGAUUUUGCAAGGAGAAGUUUUUGUCCUGAAGGAAUUCUAUUUUACAAAGAUGUGCAACAUUACAAAAAAUUGGUAAUCAAGUAUCAAGAUCAUGAAUUCAAUACAGCAUUUCAUAACACAGAAACAAUCAAGAAACAUCGAUCAAAUGUGCAAAAGUUAGUUUCGAAUAUUGUGAAAAGCUACUUGGCUGAAGGAAGUGUCAAUGAAUUGAAUUUGCCAAAUGUCAAAAUAUUGAGGAAUGACAUUAAUGCUAAACUAGCAGAAUUGGAACAUAACCAUUCACCUUAUCCCGUCGAUUUAUUUGAUUCUGCUCAAGUGGAAACAUUACUUACAAUUCUUGGAUUAUACGAAAGAUUGAAAUAUUCCAACAAGUCAAUUCUAGACUAUUCUACACAUUGGAGAUCAAAAACAACUCCUCACAUCUGA